AUGGACAUCUUCUUGCUUCUUUCAUUGUUCCUUUCAUCUAUUUUCGUGUUCUACACUUUCUUUAGAGGAUCAAAAACCAAACCAAACUUGAAAUCGUCGACUUCACUCCCACCAGGAAGCAGAGGUUGGCCUUUUUUAGGAGAAACCCUUGAUUAUUUCGACAAAUUGUGGCGUGGCGUGCCCGAAAAAUUUGAGCACGAAAGGAAUGGUGGCGAAAAAAAUCCAACCGGGAUCUUCAAGACAUCCCUUUUGGGUGAACACAUGGCUAUUCUAUGUGGGGCUGAGGGCAACAAAUUUUUGUUCUCCAAUGAACACAAGCUGGUCCAACUUUGGUGGCCCAAUUCAAUAAACAAAAUCUUUCCCCAAUCCAAUGAUGAAUUCAUGAAGGAAGAUGCCCCCAAGACGCGAAAAAUCAUAUUGCGUUUCCUUAGACAAGAAGCUCUUCAAGAGUACAUUCCCAUAAUAGAUGAAGUUACGAGGAAUCAUAUGAAGAUGGAUUGGAACCGCGAUGAAGUCAAAGUCGCGCCAGCUAUGUCAAAGUACACGUUUACUUUGGCUUGUCGAAUGUUUCUAAGCAUUCGGGAUGAGGAAAGAGUGGAAGAGCUAAGAAAGUCAUUUCGAGAUGUAUCCCUCGGUGCUAUCUCCAUGGCUAUUAAUUUACCGGGUACAACUUUCAAUCGUGCGAUUAAGGCUUCAAAGGUUAUGAGGAAAGAAAUCGAGAAAAUGGUCAUGGAGAGGAUGAAUGAAACAAACCGAACGAGUGAAGAAUUGAACCGCGAUUUACUUUCGUAUAUGAUAGAGGGUAAUGAGCUUUAUGAUAACUUCAUGACUGCCUCCGACAUAGCUAGUGUUAUGCUGGGAGUUUUCUAUGCUGGAACUCAUACUCUCAAUGUCGGUUUGGUAUUCGUAACCUUGUAUCUAGCCGAGCUCCCUCAUGUGUAUAAUGAGGUCUUAAAAGAGCAAUUGGAAAUUGCAAAGUCAAAGAAGGAAGGUGAAUUGCUUACUUUGGAUGACCUAAAGAAAAUGAAGUAUUCAAUGAAUGUGGUGAAUGAAGCACUCCGGAUAAUGCCACCUUCCUUGGGGAUGUUUAGAGAAGCUAUUACCGACUUCACUUACAAUGGGUAUUUGGUGCCAAAAGGAUGGAAGUUGCAUGUGAUUACCCAUUCUACUCAUAAAAAUCCAAAAUAUUUCCCUAAUCCUGAGAAGUUUGAUCCAUCAAGAUUCGAAGGAAACGGACCGGCUCCUUUCACAUUCUUUCCUUUUGGAGGAGGGCCUCGUGUGUGCCCUGGAAGUGAGUAUGCUCGACAAAUAACGCUCGUGUUUGUUCAUAAUUUGGUGACAAGAUUCAAGAUCGAGAAACAAAUACCGGAUGAGAAAAUAGUAAUUGAUCCUACUCCAAGGCCUGUUGAAGGUCUCCCCAUUCGUCUCCAUCCUCACAAGCAAUCCCAUAAUAUAUCCAACUAG